UGUCAGUAGAAAGAGACGCAGUAGCGUGAAGAGCAGGAGGGCAUGAAUCACAUACCCACAGAAGCGAAAAGUAGAAGAAAGCUAACGGGACGGUAGAUUGUAAUUCAGGAACUAUUUUACAGAAACGUCGCAAAUUCAAUCAUGGAGCAGCUCAUACAGAACCAAAUGAUCUCGGCCGCCGUCCAGCUGGAGAAGCAUCUGGACAGUGAGCUGGACCGGCUGGAAACCCUAAACGCGGACGAUCUGGACAAGCUGCGGGAACAGCGCAUCCAGCAGAUGAAGAAACAGGCCCAGCAGCGGCAGGAGUGGAAAAACAACGGCCACGGCGAGUACGCGGAGCUGGCGGACGAGAAGGAGUUCUUUGCGAUAUCGAAAAAGUCGCCCAACAUCGUGUGCCACUUCUAUCGCGACUCUACGCCCCGCUGCCGGAUCGUCGAUAUGCACCUGAAGGUGCUGGCCACCAAGCAUCUGGAGGCGCGGUUUUGCAAGGUGAACGCGGAACGGUGCCCCUUCCUCACAGAGCGCCUCCGGAUCAAGGUGAUACCGAGCAUCGCACUGAUAAAGGACAGCAAAACGAAGGACUACAUCGUCGGCUUUACCGAUCUGGGCAACUGUGACGACUUCAGCACCGAGAUGCUCGAGUGGCGCAUUGCCCAGUCCGGUGCGAUCGAGUACAGUGGCGAUCUCUUAACUCCACCGGAUGUGAAAAAGCAAAAGAAACCGACCAACAUGAAGACGAUCCGUGGCGGAUACGAUUCCGAUGAUUCUGACAUUGACUUCGAUGAUUAAGGCACAUUCGUGCGCGUGUGUGUGUCCGCUCCGGUGAGUGGGCGGCGAGAGAAAGACAUAGGUGGCAAUCGUUCGGUGUGGUCGCGAUAGGUGAGAUGGGGGUAGGGUGCAUGUGUGAAAUUUGUCUCGAUAUUCUCCAGAAUCACCGCGAAUAAGUAUCUAGUUACAAAAUUGUGCAAAACACUCUCCCUCCCACACACCCACCCCUCUUCCCUUGGUCGUGUCCCGAAAUGAUCGUGUGUGGCGCCGUUAACUAUUGCUUCGAAUUAAUAUUAACUAAAACUUCUAGGAAAUAGUACCGAGUUAUCAAAAUCAUCCCCCGUGCCGCGGGGGCACAAACGUCUUUUCUCACGUAGUGAGACGAACAAUCUUAUCAAGCGUCGAGAAAGGUGACCGCUAAGCUAGGCAGAGAACAAAAGAACAAGCAUUUGAGGAAGGGAGCUUUAUUUUAGUUUGUUUCCGUUCGAGAUAUAGGUUAACAAAAUUUUACCACAGUAUUUAACGUAAUGGUCCACUGCACGCAUUUAGUAACGUAUGAGUUCAUUAUUAACAUUCUCUAACCUGCAGAAGCCUGUGAGUGGGGUAACAGGCAUUACAGCACUGUAAUGCUGGCCUGCAACUGCUUCAUUAUUUAUACAAAGAAAAGCAAUCAAAAAAAAUGCAACAAGCAAAGUAGCGAACAUUGGCGAAUGCAUGGCGGCGUGCUCCCGCUACCCGUUCCCGCACAAGCAGCAUUCACACUACCUGGGCCCGGCAACCAAUGCUUGAUUCUGAUUAUAGGCUACUUCGGAACGUAACAAGGAUACAAUUCUUAUGCUUACACUAAUCGUAAAGAGAUGUACUCAUUAUAGGUUGAAUAAAUCACCCAAGGAAGUGUUCUUCUAGUACUAUGAUUUGUACAACGA